CUGUAAACGCCUUUUAUAACAUGCAGGCCAACGGGACCGGAGGACAGGAGCCGGAGCCGGAGUCGCAGCUGUCCUGCAGGAACGGAGAGUCCUCGUCCUCCGCCGCGGGAGCUGUGCACUCCAACGGGCUGCUGUCCUCCGCGAAUAACGGACUGCCGUCCACCGAGAGCCCGGCGUCUGACACCAGCACGAAGAAGAAGAAACGACUGUCCCAGAGCGACGAGGACGUGAUCCGGCUCAUAGGGCAACAUCUCCACGGGCUAGGACUCAAUCAAACUGUGGACCUGUUGAUGCAGGAAUCGGGCUGUAGACUUGAGCAUCCUGCUGCUACCAAGUUCAGGAAUCAUGUGAUGGAGGGGGAGUGGGAAAAGGCUGAGAGUGACCUCAACGAGCUGAAAGCACUGAUGCAUUCACCCAGCGCUGUGAUGCGGAUGAAGUUCCUGCUCCUGCAGCAGAAGUAUCUGGAGUAUCUGGAGGACGGGAAGGUUCUAGAAGCGCUGCAGGUGCUCCGAGCCGAACUCACGCCCCUGAAGUACAACACUGAACGCAUCCACGUCCUCAGCGGGUACCUGAUGUGCACUCUUCCCGAUGACCUGCGAGCUAAAGCUGAGUGGGAAGGCAAAGGGACGGCCUCACGAUCCAAACUCCUCGACAAGCUGCAGACGUACCUGCCUCCGUCUGUGAUGCUGCCGCCCCAUCGUCUGCAGACGCUCUUGCGGCAGGCCGUGGAGCUGCAGAGAGAUCGCUGUCUCUACCACAACAGCAAACUGGACAGCGGACUGGACGACGUGUCUCUGCUCAUAGACCACGUGUGCAGCAGGAAACAGUUCCCCUGCUACACCCAGCAGAUCUUGACAGAGCACUGCAAUGAAGUCUGGUUUUGUAAAUUCUCCAACGAUGGCACCAAACUGGCCUCGGGGUCCAAAGACACAACAGUCAUCAUAUGGCAGGUUGACCCUGACUCUCACCAGCUCAAGCAGCUGAAGACGUUGGAGGGUCAUGCCUAUGGGGUUUCCUAUCUGGCCUGGAGCCCCGAUGACACGUAUCUGAUAGCGUGCGGCCCGGACGACUGCUCCGAGCUCUGGCUGUGGAACGUGCAGACAGGGGAACUGAGAACCAAAAUGAGCCAGUCCCAUGAGGACAGCUUGACCAGCGUGGCCUGGAAUCCAGACGGCAAGCGUUUCGUUACCGGAGGUCAGAGAGGCCAGUUCUACCAGUGUGAUCUGGACGGAAACCUGCUGGACUCCUGGGAGGGUGUUCGUGUUCAGUGUCUGUGGUGUCUGAAUGACGGCAGGACAGUGCUGGCCUCUGAUACACACCAGCGCAUCCGUGGAUAUAACUUUGAAGAUCUGACCGACAGGAACAUAGUUCAAGAGGACCAUCCGAUAAUGUCCUUCACCGUGUCAAAGAACGGGAGAUUAGCUCUGUUAAAUGUCGCAACUCAGGGAGUUCAUCUGUGGGACCUGCAGGACCGGGUGUUAGUCAGGAAGUACCAGGGUGUGACUCAAGGCUUCUACACCAUCCACUCCUGUUUUGGCGGCUACAACGAAGACUUUAUCGCCAGUGGCAGUGAAGACCACAAAGUUUACAUCUGGCACAAGCGCAGCGAGCUGCCCAUAGCCGAGCUGACGGGUCACACGCGCACGGUCAACUGCGUGAGCUGGAACCCCGCGCUGCCGGGCCUCAUGGCCAGCGCCUCGGAUGACGGCACCUUGAGGGUCUGGGGUCCCGCACCCUUUCUGGACUCCCAGGAGACCGAGGGGCUCACCGAGUGCAAUAGCAUGGACAGUUGAUGUUGACUCCGGAGCAGAUGUCCACUUUGGAAAAUAUACAGUGAGACACACUAUCGACUUUGUGAAUGAAGUACGAGAAAUGAAGUAUAUCUAACGGCAGACGGAUGUUUUUUCCUGGCGGUUUCACAUCCCCACCCGCAGCGCAGCGGACACAUGAAGCUGGCGGCUGCCCUUCAUCAUCUGACUUCACAUCCGUGUGGCGGCACCAAACGCACACGCUACACGCCUCGCCGAGGACACGCCCCUCCUCGGCUCAAGCUCCUCCCCCUCCCCUACACUGCAUUCUGAGUGGACAACUGCCUCCUGAAGCCACACCCACCCACACACACGGACAAACAUCGCUCAGAUCGUUAUUUAUUACGGCUUUAAUUUAUUAUUGUGAAUGAAUCAAGGCCUCAGGCUUGCUUUGUGUUCUGUACAAUAUUCACUCAGCGAGGGGACAAAAAAAAGUGCAAUCUCUCGCACGUGUCAGAGAGAGAACAAAUCAUAUCUUUAUUUUUCAGCAUGAACUUCUUUUAGCCACCUCGUAUGCUUGAAAGUAAGUGUCUUCACCAGCAGAUAUAAGAUAUUGUUUUCGUUUCCCUCACGACAAUUUUAAAUGACUGAAUUUACAGGCAUUUUUUUAACUGAUUGAUAUUCGUUUUGAUUCGAAAAGUCCAAUCAUGACCCCACUAUUUUUCAUUGCUUAUGGUACUUUAUUCUGAGAGCGGGAAGUGAUGGAUUGUUAUUCUUUAGUCUUGAGAUGUAAGAUUUACGCAGAAAGACGCAUAACAGGACAGGACAAAACAGGUUGUUUUUUGGUAACGGGGUUGAAGACAAACGAAGCUAGGCUCGCUAAGAUGCUAAUGACACGCCAAUGAGCCGACGUCACGUUCCACAUGUAAAUACAGGCCUUCAGCAUGCGUACUUUGCCUUCGUUAGGUGUUCGUGACGUGCUUGAGGUCAUUUUUGCAGUGAAUGUUCAGGCUCUCGGUGUGAGACGAGUGAUUUUGUCACGGUAAGUACGUCAGAACAGACUCCCAAAUGUUUCUGAGUUCAGUUUCCAUGUUUGAUGUCCAUUUUUUUUUUCCCCUGGUCUCGUUUCCUCUCGUAUUAUCACAUCUUGACUUUUUAUGUGUUU